UGGUCCUGCUGGACUUCGCCAAGGCGCAGGGCGAGCUGGGCUGGCUCACCCAGCCCUACGGCAAAGGGUGGGACCUGCUGCAGAACGUGCUGAACGACUCCUUGAUCUACAUCUACUCGGUGUGCCACGUGCUGGAGGGCGAGCAGGAGAACUGGCUCCGCACCAACUGGAUCUACCGCGGGGUGGCCCAGCGCAUCUUCAUCGAGCUCCAGUUCACCGUCCGCGACUGCAACAGCUUCCCCACCGCCGGCGGCGGCUCCUGCAAGGAGACCUUCAACCUCUACUACGCCGAAUCCGACGUGGAUUACGGCACCAACUUCCAGAAGCGGCAAUUCAAGAAGAUCGACACCAUCGCUCCGGAUGAAAUCACCGUCCAAGAGGAUUUUGCUUCCCGGAACGUUAAACUCAACGUUGAGGUGCGAUCGGUGGGACCCCUCCGCCGGAAAGGUUUCUACUUGGCUUUCCAGGAUUUAGGAGCUUGCGUGGCGUUGCUUUCCGUCCGGAUUUACUACAAGAGGUGCCCGGCUGUGUUCCGGGGGAUGGCUCGUUUCCCCGAAACGGUGGCCGGCGCCGACUCGCAGACCUUGGCCGAGGUGCGGGGAACGUGCGUGGAGGAAGCGGUGGCCGAGCAAGCUCCGGCUUUGCACUGCAACGCCGACGGCGAGUGGUUGGUGCCCAUCGGGGAGUGCCUGUGCCGCGCCGGCUACGAGAAAGUGGGAGAGAGUUGCCAAG